AUGAAACUUAGCUUACUUUCGUUAUCACUGGCGUUAGCACCAGCCACUCUCGCUGCUCCACUAUGGUCUCUUGAAGGACUUCAAUCACUCGUUCCUAACUUUGCUAAUGAGGAAAGACUCAUUGUCACUUCCGAAGAUUCAGCUCCUAUUAAAGUCACCGAGGAUCAUAAGAUGAAACUAAGAAGAAGUGGUGUUAAAUUUAUGGAUAUCACUAACCACCAAAGUUGGUUUGCAGCUACUUCCAAGGAAAAAGUCCCAGUUCCAGUUUAUAAUUAUCCUACUAAUGUCUCUUAUCCAAAAGAAGUUUCAAAUUUAAUUACUGAUAUCAAAUUAGAGAACUUACAUGAUAAUUUGGCCAAUUUCUCUUCAUUCUAUUCAAGAUAUUAUAAAUCUGAAAAUGGUUUCAAAAGUGCAACUUGGUUAUUCACAAAGUUGCAAGAAAUUACUUCAUUAACUGAGAACAAUAUAACAGUGGAAAAAUUCAAACAUGAAUGGCAGCAGUUUUCCAUUAUUGUUAGAAUUCCAGGUUCCAAAACACCAGAGAAUAGAGUUGUUGUUGGUGCUCAUCAAGAUUCAACAAAUUUAUUAUUCCCAACUUUAAUGAAAGCACCAGGUGCAGAUGAUGAUGGAAGUGGUGUUACAACAAACUUAGAAGCUUUACGUAUUCUUGUGGAAUCUGGUUUCCAACCAGAAAAUACAGUUGAAUUCCAUUUCUUCUCUGCUGAGGAAGGUGGUUUAUUAGGCUCAUUAGAUAUUUUUACAGAUUAUAAAUCUAAAGGUCAUAAAGUUGUUUCAGUUUUACAACAAGAUAUGACUGGUUAUAUUCAAAAGACUUUAGAUAAUGAUGUUAAGGAACAUGUUGGUGUUAUUACAGAUUAUGUUUCAGCUCCAUUCACUGACUUCAUUAAAUUAGUCAUUGAUUCUUAUUUAUCAAUCCCUUAUAUCGAAACUAAAUGUGGUUAUGCAUGUAGUGAUCAUGCAAGUGCGUUACAAAAUGGUUAUCCUUCAAGUUUUGUUAUUGAAAGUGACUUCCAAUAUACUAAUCCUUAUAUUCAUUCAACUUCAGACACCUUGGAUAGAUUGAGUUUCCAUCAUAUCGCAGAAUUUACCAAAUUAGUUUUAGGUUAUACUUAUGAAUUAGGGUUCCAUGAAUUUGAAGAAGUUAAAUAA